AUCCCAUGGCGCUUCUCUAAGCCUCGUCGUCUUCGGACAUCGCCAUGGCGCUGCUGGCGGCCCUGCAGCUGCCCAGCGAUGCCGAGAGCUGCCGCCGCUUCUGCCAAGAGGCGCUGCAGGCGCGGCAUGUUGGGCCCGCGGAGCAGCGGCAGCUCUACGAACGGCUGCCCUGGUUGAUGCAACGGCUGCAUGGGUGGUUUGCUCUCUCCAAUCCCGGGCUGGAGGAAGCGGUUUUGAGGACCUUUCAUCCUCAAGGGCCCUUGAGCCCUCUAUUCGCUGCCAUGGAGACGCCUGCCUUCAUCUUCCCCCUGCGCAAACUGCCGCCGCGGACCUUGAAAACGGUCUUGGCUGCAUCCAACAGCAAUUUCAGAUUCAGAGAUUACAACAACCGACAGAUGGAAGACCUGAACCAGUCCUUGCUGGCGGUGUUAGGCAUGGAUCGAUUAUCACGGACUUCGGGGACUUCGGGUGAGUUGGAAGGUUUAGCCUUGACAGCGCAGGAGUUUGUGCUCACCACCCUGGUGUAUUUCCUGGUGGCCGAGGCGCCGGUCAUCAAACCCAGCGGCAGCAGCUCGGGUGCCACAGGGAGCUCUGGUGCCAGUGGUACCGGUGGCACCGGUAGCACUGGUUGGGGACAGCAGCAAGGGUCGGGUGGGUCGGGGGGGUCGGGUGGACCUGGUGGCACCACUGGAAGUCGUGGAGGGAGACAGCAAGGGAUGCUGAGUUCGACCUUUGAGAGGUUGUUGCUGGCACAUUUGCAUGCCUACCUUCCACAUCGGCAGUAUGAAGUGGCUCGUGCGCAAGAGUCUCGGGCAUCUUUGUUCUUGACCAGGCUGUUCCACGAGUUUCUGAUCGAGCAACGGCCCCAGUCUUCAGUAUCUUUGGUUCUGCAGUGUUUCUCCGAUGUCCGGCUGCAACCAGCUGCAUUGCACAGCUGCCGCUUGGUGCUCCUUCACAUCAUUGCAAACCCAUGCCUGCGGCAAGGAUGUGAGGAGACGGCCGAACAGCUCAUGUUCGCGGCGCGGGGUCGCAACGCGCGGAUCACCCGGGAGCUCUCGAUGCUGGGCCCCGCGGUGCUGCAGAUGCUCUGUGAGCUGCUGAGGAAAUUGCAAUCUCAGAAGGAAGUGGGCUUGGAGACCAUCAGCUCCAUGACGCGCUUGUGGCUUAUCCUGCUGCAGCCCUGGAAGGCUCCCAGGCUCUAUCAGUGGUACCUCUCUCUGCGCUCGCCGGAGCCCAAGUUGGAAGCUCCGGCACCUGCCACGAGAAGUGCCCCUACGCGCCCAGUGGAUGUGGCACUACUUGGGCUGGAGCCGGAAAUGGCUGGAGAGCCUCCAGUGCCACAGGCUCUGCAUUGGCGGCACCAAUUUUUGAAGGUCCCCAAGGACUUCGUGGAAGAGGAGGCCCUUGGUGCCUUAAGCGCCACCACCCGCCUGGCUGCUGCAGCAGGCCUCACCGCAGCAGCGGUGCAGGUGGCAGCCAGCAGCGCCCAGGCGGCGCAGCUGGUGCCGGGGGAUGGGGAUGCCAUCUCCUGGAGAAACUACGUGGCGGGCUUCCAAGGUGCCUAUUUCCUGCUGGAGUCCAUCCUUUCCACCCCUCUCCAUGCGGAGCUCUGCCUGGAGCUGGCCCGCAGCUGCGCGGGCUGGGACCGGGGCCCGGGGCUCUUGGCCAAUGUUGGGCUGACGGCUGCGAGCUCCGCCCGAAGCUCCUGGGGCAAUGCGCCAGCGCCCACGGCGCAGCAGCUGUUGAGGCAGCGGAAUGCCAUACAAGCAUUGAAAGUUCUGGCGCAGGUCUUGCUGUGUUUCAGCGAUACCCAGCUGCUACAGGUUUUGCACAGCUGUCCUCCUCAAGACAUUGGGGUUUGGCUGCUGGAGUAUGGUGUGGUGCUGGAGCAUCCUAUGCUGCCCAUCUUUGAGGAUUCCUUGCGACCUCAGUUGCUGAUGGCUGUCUCGGUGACCUGGGCGGCGCUGCUGGCGGCCGCCCCAGUGGUGGAGUUGCAGCCCCUUUUGGCGGCGGUCAGCCGGCAGCUGCAGCACUCACCGCACUGGGCGGGGCAUUUCCCUGCGCUGGAGGAAACCAGCAAGCAUAAACCAUUUGCCGAGACUGUGUUGAAGGAGAUUGGACAGGCGCGACCCUCCGAACCUGCCGCCUCUGCUGCGGCCGCACCGGCAGCAGCCUUCGCAGCUGCUGUUCCGCAGCAGCUGGAGUUCAGGGGACCUGAGUGGCAACGUCCAGUGAGGGGCGGUGAGCUGGAACAGCUGCUCUGCAUUGCUUAUUGGUUGGCCAAUGCUAUCGAUCGAAUGUUGGGCCGCUGUCCCGUGAUGACCCCCUGCGGCCCGGUGCCACAAACCGAAUGGCCAAGGGUCUUGGGCAACUGGAAAUUCACGCUGUUUCUGACGAUAGCUCUGCUACUGGCCGUUUUAUGGUAGCUGGUAUGGUGCUUCAAGGCCCAAACGUGUUCGUUUCAG